AUUUAGUCAGAUGAUUUUAUUAUUAGCAUUACUGUAUCUUUUGUUACUUAACAAGAAUAUUAAAUUUUGAUUUAGGUGUUAAGUUUCAAUCCAUUUGACCAGUUAGAAAGAUGUCAGAUUCUCAAUCUUCCUUUUCACAUGGUAAGACUGACGUCUAUCUUUGAUUUGCCGUUGCAGACCUCAUUAAAUUCUCUGAUUCUUAUGAAGAUAUGAACAAUAAAUUAUUCAACAUUCCAAGAAGAAAGGGAAGGGAGAGCCAAAGAUUGGUCUUUUUGAUUAAACAUCAAAUACCAAUCUCUCUCUCUGUCUAUCCCCUUGAAUUUUUCUUUGUGCUGCAGAGUUGGGUUUAUGGGCAGUGGAGAUAUGGCCCUGCCGUCUCACACUGUUGCAAAUGGCGAGUUUCUGCUUGAUUCAGGUACUGCCCGUCUCAAGGAGCUAGGCUACAAACAAGAGCUCAAGCGUGAUCUAUCGGUGUUCUCCAAUUUUGCGUUUUCAUUCUCAAUCAUAUCGGUGCUGACUGGUAUAACCACUCUUUAUAACACUGGGUUGAAAUUUGGGGGAACAGUGUCUUUGAUUUAUGGGUGGUUUAUUGCUGGUGGGUUCACCAUGUUUGUUGGGUUGUCAAUGGCUGAGAUUUGCUCCUCUUAUCCAACUUCUGGUGGUCUCUACUACUGGAGUGCAAAGCUUGCUGGACCAAGAUGGGCUCCCUUUGCCUCAUGGAUGACUGGCUGGUUCAACAUUGUUGGUCAGUGGGCUGUGACAACAAGCGUCGAUUUCUCUCUUGCACAGCUGAUUCAGGUGAUUAUUCUUCUCGGCACAGGUGGAAAAAAUGGCGGUGGAUACGACGCGUCCAAAUAUGUAGUCAUUGCUUUACAUGGAGGAAUUCUGUUCAUGCAUGCUAUAUUAAAUAGCCUUCCUAUCUCAGUGUUAUCUUUCUUUGGGCAGCUGGCUGCUGCUUGGAAUCUUGUAGGUGUUUUGGUUCUCAUGAUUCUCAUUCCUUGUGUCGCAACGGAAAGAGCUAGUGCCAAGUUUGUGUUCACCCACUUCAACACUGACAACGGCGACGGGAUCAGUAGUAAAGUUUACAUAUUUGUUCUUGGGCUAUUGAUGAGUCAGUAUACCCUUACAGGGUAUGAUGCAUCCGCUCAUAUGACAGAGGAAACCAGGAAUGCUGAUAAGAAUGGACCAAGAGGAAUAAUUAGUUCCAUUGGGAUAUCUAUAAUAUUCGGAUGGGCUUACCUACUUGGUAUCACAUUUGCAGUCACCAAUAUCCCUUACCUUCUGAAUGAAGACAAUGAUGCCGGUGGUUAUGCUAUUGCCGAGAUAUUUUACCUAGCUUUCAAGAGUAGAUAUGGGAAUGGAACUGGAGGGAUUGUUUGCUUGGGAGUGGUUGCUGUUGCAAUAUUUUUCUGUGGCAUGAGUUCAGUCACUAGCAACUCCAGGAUGGCCUAUGCGUUUUCUCGUGAUGGGGCGAUGCCAUUAUCGUCUCUUUGGCAUAAAGUGAACGGGCAGGAGGUCCCGAUCAAUGCUGUUUGGGCCUCGGCAUUUGUAUCAUUUUGCAUGGCGUUGACGUCCCUUGUAAGCUUAGUGGCAUUUCAGGCCAUGGUGUCUAUUGCUACCAUUGGAUUGUACAUUGCCUAUGCCCUACCUAUCUUCUUUAGGGUGACUUUGGCACGCAAUUCCUUUGUCCCCGGACCUUUCAACUUGGGCCGCUAUGGGAUUUUCGUCGGUUGGAUUGCUGUCCUCUGGGUAGCAACAAUCUCGGUCCUCUUCUCGCUGCCUGUGGCAUAUCCGAUAACACAGGAAACACUCAAUUACACUCCUGUUGCGGUUGGUGGGUUACUCGUUCUCAUCGUUUCUUCUUGGAUUUUGGGUGCUAGGAAUUGGUUUACAGGUCCUGUUACCAAUAUAGACACUUGAUACAUUGUGUAGACGUAGAUUUCCAGCAUUAAGAACUAUUAUAGAACGAAAAUUCUUUCCGGAUCUCCUACCAGUUUCAGUUUCUGUCAAUGGUUGAUGCAUUAUUUUUCAUUCCUACUGUCUAGUGAUGCUCGGUACAGUAGGACUUGAUCAAUGUACUUGUGAAUAAAUUAAGACUCAGACAACAUUUCUUUUGCAGAGAAUAGCAAUGUAAGAUUCAGUUGUUUUCAA